UAGCGGGCUAGGAUGCGCCUGCGCGUUGGCCCCUAGUUUUCUUCCCCCUUACACGGCUCUUGCGGUAGACCAGCAUCUGAUAUGCAGUUGCGCAGUUCGUGUCCUGGCGCUUUUUUCCCUCCGCACCUCACCGCCUCCUGACGCCGGGCGUGACGUCAGCACGCGGGGUGGCCGCCAUUACAGAGAGCCGAGCUCCGGAGUUAGAGCGAGCGGAGGAGGAGCCGCAGCGGCCGGUGGCCGAACAUUUCGGAGAAACCCAGUGGGCCAGCGCUAGCGCCGAGCAACCGCCAGUAGCCACAGUAGUACUCCGGAAACCGGCGGCGGCGGCGGCGUGUGUGUGUGGCCCGUGUGCGGGCGGCGGCGCGGGAGUAGCGCGGAGAGGCAGCCGGUUCGGGCGGGUGGCAUCAUGGACGAGAAGGUGUUCACCAAGGAGCUGGACCAGUGGAUCGAGCAGCUGAACGAGUGCAAGCAGCUCUCCGAGUCUCAGGUCAAGAGCCUUUGCGAGAAGGCUAAAGAAAUCCUGACAAAAGAAUCCAAUGUGCAAGAAGUUCGAUGUCCAGUCACUGUCUGUGGAGAUGUACAUGGGCAAUUUCAUGAUCUCAUGGAACUGUUUAGAAUUGGGGGCAAAUCACCAGAUACAAAUUACUUGUUUAUGGGAGAUUAUGUUGACAGAGGAUAUUAUUCAGUUGAAACAGUUACACUGCUUGUAGCUCUUAAGGUUCGUUACCGUGAACGCAUCACCAUUCUUCGAGGGAAUCAUGAGAGCAGACAGAUCACACAAGUAUAUGGUUUCUAUGAUGAAUGUUUAAGGAAAUAUGGAAAUGCAAAUGUGUGGAAAUAUUUUACAGAUCUUUUUGACUAUCUCCCUCUCACUGCCUUGGUGGAUGGGCAGAUCUUCUGUCUACAUGGUGGCCUCUCACCAUCCAUAGAUACACUGGAUCACAUCAGAGCACUUGAUCGCCUACAAGAAGUUCCCCAUGAGGGUCCUAUGUGUGACUUGCUGUGGUCAGAUCCAGAUGACCGAGGUGGUUGGGGCAUAUCUCCUCGAGGAGCCGGUUACACCUUUGGACAAGAUAUUUCUGAGACAUUUAAUCAUGCCAAUGGCCUCACGUUGGUGUCUAGAGCUCACCAGCUGGUAAUGGAGGGAUAUAACUGGUGCCAUGACCGAAAUGUAGUAACAAUUUUCAGUGCUCCAAACUAUUGUUAUCGUUGUGGUAACCAAGCUGCAAUCAUGGAACUUGAUGAUACUCUAAAAUACUCUUUCUUGCAGUUUGACCCAGCGCCUCGCAGAGGCGAGCCACAUGUUACUCGUCGUACCCCAGACUACUUCCUGUAAUGAAAUUUUAAACUUGUACAGUAUUGCCAUGAACCAUAUAUUGACCUGUUGGAAACGGGAAGAGCAACAGUAACUCCAAAGUGUCAGAGAAUAGUUAACAUUCAAAAAAAAACUUGUUUUCACACGGACCAAAAGAUGUGCCAUAUAAAAAUACAAAGCCUCUUGUCAUCAACAGCCGUGACCACUUUAGAAUGAACCAGUUCAUUGCAUGCUGAAGCGACAUUGUUGGUCAAGAAACCAGUUUCUGGCAUAGCGCUAUUUGUAGUUACUUUUGCUUUCUCUGAGAGACUGCAGAUAUUAAGAUGUAAACAUUAACACCUCGUGAAUACAAUUUAACUUCCAUUUAGCUAUAGCUUUACUCAGCAUGACUGUAGAUAAGGAUAGCAUCAAACAAUCAUUGGAGCUUAAUGAACAUUUUUAACAAUAAGUACCAAGGCCUCCCCUCUACUUGUGAGUUUUGAAAUCGUUUUGUUUAUUUUCAGGGAUACCGUUUAAUUUAAUUGUAUGAUUUGUCUGCACUCAGUUUAUUUCCCUCUUCAGUCUCAGCCUCAUGUUGUUCUUUGUUGUUGUCAGAACCUGGUGAGUUGUUUUGAACAGAACUGUUUUUUUUUUCCCCACCUGUAAGACAAUGUUAACUGCACAAGAGCACUGCAGUGUUUUUCAUAAUAAACUUGUGAACUAAGAACUGAAAAGGUCAAAUUUUAAUUGUAUCAAUGGGCAAGACUGGUGCUGUUUAUUAAUAAGAUAAAUCAAUUGAUAAAUUUUAGAGUUGUAGAAUUCUAGGUAAAGAAAAAUAAAAAUCAAGGCCACUACAUAAUUUCUCUGGUAACUCCUUGCCAAUUCUUCAGAUUAAUUCAAAUUUUUUUGUAAUCCAGAUGGUACAAUCUGUCAGAUUUGCCAGUGUGCUCUACGUGUGUUCUUCCUGAAUAUUAACCUGUCUGCAAGAAAGGAAAUCUGUGUACUCCUUCAGUAGGACCAGAUUGUAAAACCAUGUAACUUGAGAUUUAAGUUGUUUUGUUUUAAUAAAAAACAGCAUGUGUUGGGUGUAGAGUUUAACAAACCAGAUGAUAAGCUGUGUCCGCUUAUUAGUCAGUGCAGUUUCUGGUUACAAAUAUUACAUUGCUUUGUAUGUUACAUGGACUCUUUAAAAUGCUUCACAGAUUGAUAAGUUCCUAACGGAUACUUGUACAUUACUUGCCAUGUGAAUUUAGAGUUAAAUUUGUCCCAGAUGAGAACGCUGUUAAAGCACUAACUGGCCUGUAUUAAACUCUUUAAGUGAUAUUAGUGAAACCAAAUAGAAAAACUACUGCUGGAACAUGGUUUGGUUUUAUGUAUAUUCACCCCAAAAACAAAAGUGGUACCUGAAAUGAAGUGGCUAUGCUAAACCUUUAAUGAAUUUUUUCCCCCUUCUUGCUCUUGUAAUAGAAUCAGGAUGUUAAAACAGUUCUUCUGUGAAACUAAAUUUAAUAUUUGAUCGUCUUAAGCUACCAGGCCAAACUUUGGGACACUUAAUCACUACUUGAGUGAGUGUAGUAAUAAAAGUUUCCUUGCUUUGUACUAUGUUGAGUUUGGAACUGACAAAGUGUUAGCAUUUCCCAUUUCUAAUUGAUAGUAUUGGGGCCGGUGGCAGGAGCUUGCAGAGUAGAUUAUCCAAAGUAGUAAGUACUUAGUUUUUCUGCAUGACUCCAUUUCAUUUUAUUCUCUUCUGCUUUCACAAGAAAUACAUUCUCUCUUUUUUUUGUUUUUGCAUUGUCACUUUAUGCCCGUUCUCUCUGACUGAACAAAUAGCUUAUCUAUGUGUGGUAGUUUUAACCCAAUGUCCUAGUGAUCCAGACACCAAGCAGCUAUUUUUCACGUCCUGUGAUAUAAGGAUUGACUCUAAAGGAAUGCAUAUCUUGUAACUGACAUGUGCUGUCAUCCAGGUACAUAUUGUCUAAGUCUUGGGGUUAACAGAACAGAGCUUGUAGCCAGAGUGGCUUAGUUUUAGAAUGAUGACUGGGGUUUAAACUACUUGUGGAGAAUGACUAGGCUUUGGUCAUCUAUGCCAGAAAGUAUUAGUACCCAGCCUGCUUACGAAAUGGGUAAGAAAAAUGUGCUGGUAAGUGUAGUGAUUUUCUUUAAAAAUAAAUAAUUGUGGUUGGAUGGGAUUCACUAAGUUGGAUAAUCUUGUUUAUUUCUCAGUAACAGGUAAGAAUAAGAUUUUCAUAAAAACUUUUAAAAAGCUUGUUUUCAGGACAAAGGCUUGUCAACUAAGAAUGAGUGUUCUGAGUACUCUAUACUGAGUGCUUGUGGAAGUUUGCUUUGGAACUUUGUAAGGGUAAGUGAAUUGGUAAGAUGAUGUGCUCCUUUCUUGAGUUGAAUAUCCCAAGCAAACGUUGAUGACUUUUUUCCUUUUCUUGGCUGCAUAUUGAAAA